UCAACACAUCUGCUCGGGUACUGAGUAAACUAUGCAUACCUAACGUAAUGACGGAGUCUGUGCCUAACAGGCCUCUGGACUAUUACACAUGUGCCUUUCGCAAGUCAAAGAUGAGCAGAUUCCUUGGCUGGGAAGAUCACGAUACAUAUUUCACAAAUACGCAGAGGCACCGUGUUGUCUACGAGAUUCUUGCCAGGACAGCAUAUGGGAAAAGGAAGAAGGCUGAAGUCGGAGUGGACAGACUGUUAAAUGAAGGGGCGUACACAGCAGCUUUCCCGCUGCACGAGGGGCCCUUUCAGCUUCCAAAGCACGAGGUCCGACCUGACGAGCUGAACCAGAGGCAGGUUCUCUACUACUACUGGGCCCGCUGGUGCAAAUGGUACAAGUAUCAACCACUGGACCAUAUCAGGGAGUACUUUGGAGAGAAGAUUGCACUCUACUUUGCCUGGCUGGGUAAAAUAUAUAUUCUUAUUUCUGUUGUUCAAAAAAUUUGGCUCAUUUUUUUACAGAUAAAAAGCCCACUCCUUCCUAAAUCCAGGAGGAUUACUGAAUCCAGACCAGAAG